GCUGUCCUCAUCUUCGAUUUCCUCUGGACUUCUUCUUCUUCAUCUCCUUCUUCUACGUAUCUGUCCGUCACUUCGAACUGGGCCGUCCAAAGGUCCCGCCCUCUGUUCAUGUUCCAGUCCCAUAUGGAGUCACAUGGAUUGUGGAGGAGAUUAGAAGAAGUAUUUCGCUGUUCCUUUGGAGCUGGCUGACUUGGCGAAAGCACUUUGCAUGCCUCCAUAGGUAGACUAGAUCAUUGAUGACCGAUUUUCUGUCUUAUGUAGAAAGGAGCUGUUAAAGAUAAUGAAAUGCCAAUACCCAAUGCAACUUUUACUGAUUUACCUGCACCAGAGUUACAGUGGGAGGAGAUGGCAGAGGCACCUGUACCUCGUCUAGAUGGGGCUGCUAUACAGAUUAAGAAUCUUCUAUAUGUGUUUGCUGGAUAUGGUACCAUUAAUCAUGUACAUUCUCAUGUUGAUAUUUAUAAUUUUAUGGAUAAUACAUGGGGUGGAAGGUUUGACAUGCCUAAAGGAAUGGCACAUUCACAUUUAGGAAUGGCAACAGAUGGAAGAUACAUUUAUGCAGUCACGGGACAGUAUGGUCCGCAAUGCAGAGGGCCUACAGCUCACACCUUUGCGUUAGAUACAGAGACAAAACAAUGGUGGGACUUGCCUCCAUUACCUUUCCCUAGAUAUGCCCCGGCAACCCAACUUUGGAGAGGCCGGCUGCAUGUGAUGGGCGGCAGCAAGGAGGAUCGCCAUGAGCCUGGCUUAGAGCAUUGGAGUCUUGCAGUAAAGGAUGGCAAAGCAUUAGAGAUGGAGUGGCGAUAUGAAAUACCCAUUCCUCGUGGUGGGCCUCACAGGUCUUGCAUUGUGAUCGAUGAUCGUCUCCUUGUUAUUGGUGGUCAAGAAGGUGAUUUCAUGGCCAAACCCGGAUCACCUAUUUUCAAGUGUUCUCGGAGGCAUGAGGUACAAUACAGUGAUGUUUACAUGCUGGAAGAUGGGAAGAAGUGGAAGCAAUUGCCUUCUAUGCCUAAGCCUAAUUCCCAUAUUGAGUUUGCAUGGGUUGUUGUCAACAAUUCCAUUAUUAUCGUGGGCGGCACAACUUUAAAGCACCCUGUGACCAAAAAGAUGAUACUUGUUGGAGAAGUGUUCCGGUUUCGUUUGGAUACGUUGGAAUGGUCAGUUAUUGGGAAGAUGCCAUGCCGCGUCAAAACUACUCUAGUUGGGUUCUGGGAUGGGUGGCUGUAUUUCACGUCUGGACAGCGCGACCGUGGACCCGACGAUCCGGCACCACGCAAAGUCAUUGGAACUAUGUGGAGAACUAAGUUAAGAUUAUGACUUUUUAUCAAUUUAUCAUUUUUGGUCAUUCAAAUGUAAACUGAAAUAUGCAGGCAAUAGCUCUGGAAAUUUUUGUUUUUGUUUUUUUAUUUAUUAUUAUUUAUUUAUUUUUCCUUCA